GUGUGUGUGUGUUUGUGUGAACUGGUGGGAGAGGAGAGAGGAGGACCAGUGACUGUAGCUGAGAAGACAAGUGCGGGAGGCUCGGCGCUGAUGAAGAAGGACUCCACGUAAAUAAACACGGCGUUGCUCCAUCGCAGGGGACUUAACAUACAGAAGAGGCUUCGUGAUUUGCUCCGCUGAGGGAGGAGAUCAGAUAGAAGAAAACCCAGGAGAAGAAGCAGACAGCUAUCCAGAGAGGAGGAGGAGAGAGAGGGGGACUCUGCAGAUUUUGGUGUUGUGGAUGUGCACGCGUCCUCACACAGUGUGACAGACAGGCAUCCCUGUGAUCCAGGUCAGACCUUUUGCGUCAAACGCCGAUGAUGGAGAGGAGGAGGAUGGACGCGUCACUGCUGGUGCUGCUCCUGGGACACCUGGCAGCCGCACUGGAGGUCCCACUAGACCUUCUGGAAGGAUUGCCGCAGCCACCGACCAUAACUCACCAAUCCCCCAAGGAUUACAUCAUCGACCCUCGAGAGAACAUUAUAAUUCACUGUGAAGCCAAGGGGAAGCCUCAUCCUAGUUUCUCCUGGACAAGAAACGGGACCCACUUUGACAUCGAGGAGGACCCAAACGUCAGCAUGAAGCCACACUCUGGGACUCUGAUAGUGGACAUCAGCGGGGCGAAGGCCGAGCAGUACGAGUGUGUUUACCAGUGCACAGCGAGGAACAAACACGGAACUGCUGUUUCCCACAACAUUGUCGUACGACAGUCCAGGUCCCCCUUGUGGUCAAAGGAGAGAAUCAGUCCAAUGGUGGUUCAAGAAGGCGUGUCCCUGGUGUUGCCAUGCCGACCCCCUGCUGGCCUGCCCCCUCCCAUCAUAUUCUGGAUGGACAACAACUUCCAGAGGCUGCCUCAGAGCAACAGGGUGUCCCAGUCCCUCAACGGAGACCUUUAUUUCUCUAAUGUGCUCCGAGAGGAUUCCAGGAACGACUACAUCUGCUACGCCCGCUUCCCGUACACUCAAACCAUCCAGCAGAAACAGCCAAUCAGCCUCAAGGUCCUCAGCCUGGAUGCAAUCAAUGACACAAUGGCAGCUUUUUACAAUGACACUGAUUUAUUUAGUGACGACCCUGCGGAUGAGAGGAAGCCAACCUUCCUCGUCCCAUCUGGCCCCUCCAGCUCCAAAACCGUGCUGAGAGGACAGGUGCUGGAGAUGGAGUGCAUCGCCGAAGGACUGCCCACCCCGGAUAUCUCCUGGACCAAAGUGAGCGGCGAGCUCCCCGCCAAGCGCACGUAUUUCCUGCACUACCAGCGGACUCUUCGCAUUGAGAACGUGUCGGAAUCAGACGCUGGAGAUUACCGCUGCACCGCCAAGAAUAAGCUGGGCUCGGUGCACCACAACAUCCACGUCAUGGUCAAAGCCGCUCCUUAUUGGAUCAGCGCACAGCCCAGAAACCUUGUUCUCGCUCCGGGAGAGAACGGGGUGCUGACCUGCAGAGCCAGCGGCACGCCCAAGCCCUCUAUCACCUGGGCCAUGAACGGCAUCCCCAUAGAGAAUUCUCCAAAGGAUCUGAGCAGAAAGGUGGAGGACGACACCAUCAUCUUCACUGAUGUGCAGACGGGAUCAAGCGCCGUCUACCAGUGUAACGUCUCCAAUGCCUACGGCUACCUCCUGUCCAACGCCUUCAUCAACGUGCUCUCCGAGCCGCCCAGAGUGCUGACACCAGCCAACAAAGUCUACCAGGUCAUCAAAAACCACCGGGCCCUGAUGGACUGCGCCUCCUUUGGGUCACCCAUCCCUAAAAUUACCUGGUUCAAAGACAGCCGGUCGAGCACCCUGGAUGGAGAUCCUUACAUCCUCCAUGACAACGGGACUAUAGAGAUACACACAGCUCAAGCACACAAUGCUGGAAAGUACACCUGUGUGGCCAGGAACUCACUGGGGAAAGAAGAGAAUCACAUCCUCCUCGAAGUCAAAGAGCCCACCCGGAUCCUGAAGCAGCCAGAGUAUAAGGUGGUCCAGCGGGGCCGCUCGGCAGUGUUUCAGUGUAAAGUGAAACACGACCCCUCGCUGAUCCCCACCAUGACGUGGCUCAAAGACGACGGAGAGCUGCCUGAUGAUGAGAGGUUUUACGUAGACUCGGACAGCCUCACCAUCACCGAGGUGUCAGAGAUCGACGCGGGCGUGUACACCUGCAUCAUGAACACGACUCUGGACCAUGAUUCAGCCAGCGCUGAGCUCACUGUUGUCGAGGCCACGCCGACACCAGCUGUUGUCAUUGAGCGACCCGACCCCCCUUCUGACCUCGAGCUGACAGACCAGAAAAAGAGGAGUAUUCAGCUUACUUGGACCCCUGGGGAUGAACACAACAGUCCAAUCCAGAAAUUUCUGAUUCAGUAUGAAGACUCACUGCACCACCGAGGUCACUGGCAUAAUCUAACCGAGGUUCCUGGAACCAGGACGACAGCUCACCUCAAACUGUCACCCUACGCCCACUAUACCUUCAGAGUCCUUGGGCAUAAUGCUGUGGGUUUCAGCCGCCCCAGUUUCCCCUCCAGGGUGUACAAGACAGAACCCGCAGCUCCUGAUGAGAACCCAACAGGUGUACAGGGAUUGGGGACACAACAUGAUAAUCUUGUAAUCUCAUGGAAGCCGCUGACAGGCCUCCAGUCUAACGGUCCAGGGCUUCACUAUAGAGUUAUGUGGAGGCAGAAGGCGGUGAACAGCGACUGGAACACAGCGAGUGUAGUGAACACCUCCAAGUUUGUUGUGUCUGGAACGCCCACGUUUGUUCCAUACGAGCUAAAAGUUCAGGCUGUAAACGACCACGGAGCGGCCCCUGACCCUGCUAUCGCCCAUGGCUUUUCAGGAGAGGACUUGCCGGUAGCAGCUCCAAACAAUGUGCAGGUCAUGGUGUUGAACAGCACUCUGGCAGAGGUGCACUGGGACCCUGUGCCCUCAAAGUUUAUACGUGGACAUCUCAAAGGAUAUAAGGUGUACUACUGGAAAGAGCACAGCCUGCAUAAACACAACCCCCACCAUGUGGAGCAGGAGAUCCUGACCUUCAGCGGGAACCAUACUCACGGCAAACUGCCCGGCUUACAUCCCUACAGUCUCUACUCCUUCAAUGUCAGGAUCUAUAACGGCAAGGGGGAGGGUCCCGCCAGCACCACCCAGGAGUUUGAGACCCCUGAAGGAGUGCCGGGGGCUCCUACUUCCCUGUUAGUCACCGACACAAACCUGGACUCUCUGACUCUUGAAUGGAGUCCUCCUCAUGUCCGCAAUGGACGCAUCACUGGCUACACCCUCAAAUAUCAGCCAGUCAAUAACUCCAACGAGCUGGGCCCAGUGGAGGAGCUGGCCCUGUCCGCCAAUGAGACCUCAGUCACUUUGUCCAACCUCAGGCACAGCACACGCUACAAGUUUUAUUUGAAUGCCAAAACAGUCAGGGGAGCAGGCCCCACCAUUUCUCAGGAAACUGUCACCAUCAUGGACGAAGCUCUAAUAUCACAGCUUGACGUAGAUGUGGGCACCGGUGUCGGUGGAAACACCCAAACCUCUCAUCCCAUUGCACGGCCUCCUCCUCACCAUCCACACAACAAUGCAAUGCCCGCGAGUCCUUUCGGGAACGUUAACUACUCGGUGGUAGACGACGGGGCCCUGAUCAGUUGGGAUUUCUGGGGGCCGGAGAAAAACGUUUAUGUAGAAUACAGAUUAGAGAACAGUGAAGGUGAAGAGGAGUGGCAGAAAGAGCUUGUGAACGGCUCUCAGAACGUUAUGCUGAAGGGCUUAAAGGGGGGCCUCUCCUAUAGGGUGCGUUUGGUGGCCAAAGGUCACCACGACCAGCCGCUCCACCAGUCACAGGAGUUCUAUGUCAAGGUCCCAGCUGUGGCCAGCAGACAGGUGGACAUUGCCACUCAGGGAUGGUUCAUUGGCCUCAUGUGUGCCAUCGCUCUGCUCAUCCUGAUCCUCCUCAUUAUCUGUUUCAUCCAGAGGAAUAAAGGAGGCAAAUACCCCGUCAAAGAAAAGGAGGACGCGCACACAGACCCAGAGUUCCAGCCCAUGAAAGAUGAUGACUGUACUUUUGGGGAAUACAGUGACAAUGAGGACCAUAAACCGUUAAAAGGGAGCCGCACGCCUUCUAAUGGGACAGUUAAGAGAGACGACAGUGACGACAGUUUAGUUGACUACGGGGAAGGAGGAGACGGACAGUUCAACGAGGACGGCUCUUUUAUCGGACAGUAUAGUGGCAAAAGUGUCAGCAGGGAAACUGCUGAGGGCCACGAGAGCUCAGAGGCACCGUCCCCUAUUAAUGCCAUGAACUCCUUGAACUCUUUUGUGUAGCCAAUCGGUGCUCACAAGACAUGUAUCAUGACUGCUCGAUCCUUACAUCCCAGCACUGCUUGGCUUCAUGAUCACAGCUCCCCAGUGCAACACAACACACAAAAUACCCACAGCUCAUCAAGACUUGUAUGCUUUAUUUUCUUUACAGUAUAUAUAACAAGCAGCAUUCAGGAAGGAAGUAGGACGUAGCUCAACCUGAUAUAUGUGCAUGAAAUACCUGAUAUGACGUAAAUCCAUAUAUUAAUUAACAUUUUUAAUAUUAACAAUUGUGGCAUUCUUACCACAGAUUUCAUAUGGACUAUGCAGUGCUUGUCUGAACUUUAUUUGUUAUGAUCAUAUAUCUACUAUGUUCAAAUAGUAAUCACUGUCUUCAGUAAAUACCUAUUGCUCCAUGUAUUUCUUUCCAACACAGAGGCUUGUACCUGAAUCCGUAUUUAAUCAUGUAAUUCCUUAAUGUAUUCCAUUAUGCAUUGCAUUUACAGCGCACAAGGCAGAUCAUGUAUAGUGUGUAUAUAUAAAUAUAAAGUGAUCUAUCUGCAAACUGAAUAUGUGGAGCAGAGCACACACCAUGCUUGAGAAUGCUGCAUUGAUACAUCCUCAUCUGAUACACUCUGUUGAAUGAUCCAGCUGCACACAUGAUGGAGGGAAAUGCUGCAUGGCUUGUUGUACAACCUC